AUGGAUCCUUUUAGGUAUCGUAAAGCUUAUGAAGCGAUGCUCCAUACAACCCAGCUCAUUGAGGAUCGAUUGAGGCAAGAUUUUGAGCCUGAGGAAGAAGCGACAGCCCAGAAUGAUGUACCAAAAGCUGCUUUUCUGGGACCAGACCCGGAUAGCAUGGAUUGGACACCCACAGAGUCAGUCACUCCACCUCCGGAAUGUGGACCGCCUCCAGCUUUGUCGAAGAAACUGCGACACCUUCUCCCUGGUGGCGGUGAUGGCGAUCUGCAGGCUGAAGACACGGGCGAAAACGCGGUGCUCCUUCACAAAAUGAAAGAGGGCAAGAUCAUGGACGAAUGCAUCGACAAGCUAGUCAAUGAUCUACCCGAUGUCUUGAGUUAUCAAAAAUCGCUGUCCUUUACUCCUUCGACAAUCGAGGUUCCCAAGGACUUUGGCCUCCAGCUGAGCAUUUCAAUCAACCACCAUCUUGCUCAGAUAGCCGAUCGGAAAGCGUUGGAGAAGUACCGGAGGCUUCUAGGCCAUCGUAAGGAAAACUCGAAGAAGAAAGCGGUGAAGCUUGGGUUUGAUCCAGUUGAUUUGAUCAAAAAGCAAGCCGUGGCCUUUGGGGAGAACGGACCUCCACCGGUGUGCACGCUUGACAAUGACAUCCACCCAAUCUUUCGUUUGGAAAACUGGCAUGGCUGUCCGGAUGGGAUUUAUGAGGUGAUGAAACCAGCCUUACAGCUUGCCACGUUGCUGGUAACCUCUCGGGCAACAGCUCACUUUUGGCAUACCCUCGUUUUUGGGAAGCGGGAGCGCUGUCAAGAAACUUCAGCAAUGUAUGGCCAGCCAUGCUUUCGUAUCAAGGAAGACGUAACAUGGUCUGAAGAGCGCGGAGCAACAUUCAAAAACUUCCUGGAUAACCAAAUCGACACGCUGCACUUCUACUUCCAUCACGACCCUUUACCGCCAGAGACUGCAUACGCGUCAAUGGGGUUAGUAAAAGACUAUAAGAAUGGUUUGAUGCGAAAAAUCAACCACAAGUGUCAUACCAGCCGGAUCUGCUUGCAUUCAGACUUUUACACCACUGCAAAAAAGCUCAGCCUGCUACGAUAUCGCGAGCCAGCCAUGGUAUUGCGAUACAACAUGUUUUUGGCUACAUGCCUGGCACAUGAAGUAGCUCAUUUCUGCGAGGUUUCUGGGCCACAUCACGACCACCCUCUACUUUCUGAGCCAGAAGUUUUCUUUGGCGACAACAUGUGGACAGAAAGUGGAAUCUCCUUUGAACUGAAAAUCUUUGGUGGUCGCAUACACCCUUUAUCCAGCCGAAUCGACUGUAAAUUUGGACUGGCUUGCCUGGACUAUCCGCUCAAAGAGCUCUACGACAAGGAUGACAAUGUCUUGUACGCUUUACCAAUGGAAUACAUUCUCAAGCUCCAACAAAAGGAGACUUGGGAACAGGACUUCAGCAAGACUGGCGAUGAUGUUUUCUUCGUUCCUCGCACUGGUGGCAGAUCAAUAGAGAUUAACGGGACCAAUCUCAUGAUUUGGGAAGACGAGAACGAUGCAGAUAUUUCAGAUCACAUCGAUAAUGAAGAUACAGAAUGGAUGCGCAUGGAUGAUGGUUCCAUCGCAAGGAACCCGAAAGCUAGCAAUCGCAAGUCACAGCGUCAGCCCGUGGUACCCCGAUGGAAUCCGUAUAGCAAUCAGAAACGGAAGAAUGUUGUUGAAGUAAACGCACCUUGUGUUUCCAAGGAGGUGGUUGAGAUUAGAGACGAGGAAGAGAAAUCACCUACAGGUUUAGAAGUUCCGGAAGAUGUAGAAGGUGGAAAAGGCGGCUCGGACCAGGACAUGAUUUGA